AUGAUGCAAAACUCAGCACUCACCACAGACGGUCCUGUCAAGGGGCUUCCAGAGAUUCUUGGUCUGCCAAUGCAACAGAUUCCUCGCUGCUCUGGAUGUAACGAGCACAUCUUGGAUAAAUUUAUCCUGAAGGUUCUAGAUCGUCAUUGGCACAGUGCUUGUCUCAAGUGUUGCGAGUGUCAGAUACCUCUGACUGAGCGCUGCUUCUCUCGUGCAGGGAAUGUGUAUUGCAAAGAAGACUUUUUCAAGCGUUUUGGCACUAAGUGUACUGCUUGUCAGCAAGGAAUCCCCCCAACUCAGGUGGUGCGCAAGGCACAGGACUUUGUCUACCAUCUACACUGUUUUUCAUGCAUCAUCUGCAGUCGACAGCUGGCUACGGGAGAUGAGUUCUAUCUAAUGGAAGAUGGCCGACUAGUUUGUAAAGAGGACUACGAGACCGCCAAGCAAAAUGAUGACUCAGAAGGAGGAGCUAAGAGACCGCGCACAACAAUAACAGCCAAACAGCUUGAGACAUUAAAAAACGCCUACAAGAACUCUCCAAAACCAGCUCGGCACGUGAGGGAACAGCUGUCAUCGGAGACUGGGUUGGACAUGCGAGUUGUACAGGUUUGGUUCCAGAACCGGCGUGCUAAAGAGAAACGCCUUAAGAAGGAUGCAGGGCGUCAACGUUGGGGCCAGUUCUACAAGAGCGUGCGGAAAUCGCGAGCUGGGAAACCUGGAAAAGAGAGCUCUACGGAAGACUGCGGCGUUAGCGACAGUGAACUCAGCUAUAGAGAUGACCAGAUCCUUUCUGAACUAGGAUCCAGUGGCAUUUACAGUGCAGGAGGGGAUCUUGUGAGUGGGCCUCUGGUGAAUGGGGGAUUCACGAUGGAUGGAACAGGACAAUCAUACCAAGACCUUCAUGAUGGUAGCCCCUAUGAAAUACCACAGUCUCCUGCUUCUAUUUCAUCACUUCCUUCACAUGGGCUUCCCUAUAGCAUGGACAAUGCAGCUGGGCUUCUAACCCACCCACCCCACAGAUCAUUGCCUGCAGCUCCCACCUCUGACAUCUCCACAGGAAGCAGCGUGGGUUACCCAGACUUUCCUACUAGCCCGGGUUCAUGGCUAGAUGAGAUGGACCACCCUCCAUUUUAAAUCUAAAGUUGGGCCCUGUCUUUUAGACCAUGGUUGAGUUUGCCAAACUCUGCAGACACCACAUUCAGCCUUUGGAAGUCUCUUGAGCCAGUAUCAUACUCCCCAAAAUAGGACAAUCCAAGUGGACAGUGCAUCGACCAUAUUAACAUUGGAACUGGUGAGAAAAAGUUAGAAACUCUCAGACAAUGACCAGCAACACAGUGUACUGACAAAAUGGAAUGUUUGCACUUUUGGGGGUUAUGUGUCUCCCGACCUAAUCAUGGGGGAUCAACAAGCUUUCCACACCUCUGAAGGAGUAACAUUACACCCUACUCAUCGAUAUGUGUGUUGUCUUGCAGCUUGAGGACAUUAUCGGCUUCCAUGUUCCUUUUUAAAGGUGUAGGGAAGAAGUCUUGUACAUGCAACUGACAAUCUAUUUCCUUCACAAUGCAGCAUCUAGCGCAUGUGGAUCUGAAUUGUAUCUUUCUGAAUAAAUGUAGGAGAGUGAAAUUGUGAAAGCCUGACCCAUAUUGGAAUCCUGAUAAUCACGUUCUUUUUAUUCAUGUGUGGUAACAGGGAUAGGUAGAAUGUGGCACUUCAACCCCAUUUGUUUGCCACUCCUGCUGCGUUACUUAACCAUCCAAAUGGGAGUUUCCAUCUUCUGCUUAAACAGAGGUUGACCUAUAGGUUGUACAUACUAGCACUGAGUAUUUCGGCUAGCAGUAGCACAGAGAGUUGCUAGUUUGUAGCUGUGGUGGGAUUAUACUUCCUGGUUGAUUGUUGGAAGUACAAAGGUUUGGAG